UGAGAGAAGAUGCUAUGAGAUUACUGAUCUGGAGGUGGACACUCUGCAUUCAUUCCGAGAUUUUUCUUUUGCUGCUGCUUUAGAGGUUCUAUAAUGGAUGAUAAUGGUGGCGGCAAGUUGACUGGAAUCAGGCAGAUUGUCAGACUUAAGGAACUCCUCCAAAAGUGGCAGUCUCUCACGCUGAGCUCAAAGGCAGACAACCCCGAUCCUGAAGAAGGCCACGAGAACAUUUCGCCUUUGGUUAAUAAGAGGAUAGCGAAUUUGCAGUGUUGUGACUCGGAUGAAGAGAGCUGCCCUAGCCCCGAACCACCAGCAGAUGUUCCGAAAGGGUAUUUGGCAGUUUACGUCGGACAGGAGCUUCGGAGAUUCAUCAUUCCUACUAGCUAUCUUAGUCAUCCGCUGUUCCAGGUGUUGCUGGAAAAAGUCUGGGAGGAAUUCGGGUUUGAUCACAGCAGCGGGCUCACAAUCCCAUGCGAAAUCAAGACCUUCAAGUUUCUACUGAAGUGCAUGGAGAAUCAUCAAAAUGCAGAACCUGACCCUGAUGAAAGCUCCGCUGAAAAUUCAGAAACUACUGAAGAGUAAUGAAGGCGCUGUCGGUAGAUUGGCCAGAUUCUAGGACUGACUCUGGUGCCGAGCAAGGUCUCUCGUACGCAGACAUCUUGUUUUACCUCUUGAACAAAUUGUCUUCAAAACGAGGAACUGUAGGAACUCUUUAGUUUAGCUUUUAAGGGUGUGUUGACCAAGUUCAAUGGUAGGAGUUCAUAACAGAUCAUAUCCAUCUGAAUGUUCUCUGGUACUUGCAUGUGACCUCUUUCUAAAUGUCAAAUUGACCACAAUCGCAAAGAACAAUGAAAUCAACUGACACCUUGUAUAUGAGAUUGAAGCAUUUUCCAUAUGGUCG